CAGUCGGAGGUGAUGGUGAAGAGGUGAGAGGCGUAGACUUUGGACCCACCUUACUUGCUCUUGUUCUUUGCCACCGGCUGCAGCACCUCGGUUUGUUUCUCUUCACCUGUGGAAAACAUGAAGGUUAAUUUCGCCCCCUUGGACGUACCUCUCCACAGGAGACUACAGACAGCCGUGGUGCUGCAGUGGGUCUUCUCCUUCCUUGGCCUGGCACCCACCUGCAUCUUCCUGUUCUUUUACCUGCUGUUCACUCGCUUCUGGCUGAUCAGUGUGCUGUAUGCCGUCUGGUGGUGCUUUGACUAUGACACCCCAGCACGUGGAGGCCGCAGGGUGCCUUUUUUGUGUGGCCUCAAACUCUGGGAUUACAUGCGGGAUUACUUCCCCAUCAAGUUGGUGAAGAUGGCUGACUUGGAUCCCAGGCACAACUACAUCUUAGGCUUCCAUCCCCAUGGUGUGCUGGUGGCAGGAGCCUUUACUAACUUCUGCACCUAUGCCACAGGCUUCAGACAGCUGUUUCCUGGCCUCACCAGCUACCUGCUCAUGUUGCCCCUUUGGUUCAGAGCCCCGUUCUUCAGAGACUACAUCAUGUGUGCAGGUCUGAUUCCUUCAGACAAAGAGAGUGCCAGCUAUCCACUGAGGCGAAGGGGUGGUGGUAGUGCUGUUGUAAUAGCAGUUGGUGGAGCCCCAGAGGCUCUUGACGCCCACCCUGGGACCUACAACGUGAUGUUGGCCAAGAAGAAAGGUUUCAUCAAAAUGGCCAUGGAGCAUGGAGCUCAUCUAGUGCCGGUCUUCUCCUUUGGAGAGAAUGAGGUAUUUGAUCAAGUGGAAAACCCCCAAGGAACCUGGCUUCGAUGGACACAGGAACGGCUACAAAGCAUCAUGGGUAUCUCCCUGCCUCUCUUCCAUGCACGUGGAAUUUUCCAAUACUCCUUUGGUCUCAUGCCCUAUAGAAAACCCAUCACUACAAUAGUUGGACGGCCAAUUAGGGUGGAGAGGAAUGAGAAGCCAACAGCCGAGGAACUUGACGCCCUCCACCAGCUGUACAUGGAUGAACUCAGCGAUCUGUUCGAGGAGCACAAAGGCAACUAUGGAGUGGACAAGGACACACACCUGAUCUUUGUCUAAACUCCACUGUGGAUGGAAGAGAUUUGAAUGCAUAUUUAUUUCUAAAGCUCUGGUGCCAAUUGUACAUUUAGAUUGGCUCUGACCACCUGAAUGUGCUGUCAACUGACCUGUUAAUUAAAUAUAAAUGCAAUGAAUGGAAAUGCAUGUGCAUCCACUCACUGAGACCUGUGUGUUCAUUUAGGCUGCUGUCUUUGUUCAGGCUGGUGUAGGAACUGUACAAAGGGGACAUUAAUGACACAAGUUUUCCUCACUUAAUCUCCCAGUUGUUACAUCUGUCUGGGGUUUUAGAUUUUGUGCAAAGCCAAGCACUUUCUCAAACAGAGUCAUAGGUUAAAUUCUGGUUGCAACAUCAUAUGGAGACUCUUUGAAUAAAACAAUGAGAAUUUCAGUAUUUGGUAUCCUUACAAAUGUUAAAUGCAGGGCAAAUAAAAAUAUAUACACAACUCA